AUGACUGAAGCUCUUCACAAUAGGUACGGUGGGUCUCUUAGCCUUGUCACCACAACCUUCCCCCAAGCUCUGUCCAACAACCUUCCCCCAAGCUCUGUCCAACAACCUUCCCCCAAGCUCUGUCCAACAACCUUCCCCCAAGCUCUGUCCAACAACCUUCCCCCAAGCUCUACCCUACAAUCUUCCCCCAAGCUCUGUCCAACAACCUUCCCCAAGCUCUACCCUACAACCUUCCCCAAGCUUUGUCCAACAACCUUCCCCAAGCUUUGUCCAACAACCUUCCCCCAAGCUCUACCCUACAACCUUCCCCCAAGCUCUGUCCAACAACCUUCCCCCAAGCUCUACCCUACAACCUUCCCCCAAGCAUUGUCCAACAACCUUCCCCCAAGCUUUGUCCAACAACCUUCCCCCAAGCUUUGUCCAACAACCUUCCCCCAAGCUCUACCCUACAACCUUCCCCCAAGCUCUGUCCAACAACCUUCCCCCAAGCUCUACCCCACAACCUUCCCCCAAGCUCUGUCCAACAACCUUCCCCCAAGCUCUACCCCACAACCUUCCCCCAAGCUCUGUCCAACAACCUUUCCCCAAACUCUACCCCACAACCUUCCCCCAAGCUCUGUCCAACAACCUUCCCCCAAGCUCUACCCUACAACCUUCCCCAAGCUCUGUCCAACAACCUUCCCCCAAGCUCUACCCCACAACCUUCCCCAAGCUUUGUCCAGCAACCUUCCCCCAAGCUCUACCCUACAACCUUCCACCAAGCUCUGUCCAACAACCUUCCCCCAAGCUCUACCCCACAACCUUCCCCCAAGCUCUGUCCAACAACCUUCCCCAAGCUCUACCCCACAACCUUCCCCAAGCUCUGUCCAACAACCUUCCCCCAAACUCUACCCCACAACCUUCCCCCAAGCUCUGUCCAAAAACCUUCCCCCAAGCUCUACACUACAACCUUCCCCCAAGCUCUGUCCCACAACCUUCCCCAAGCUCUGCCCCACAACCUUCCCCCUAGCUCUACCCCACAACCUUCCCCAAGCUCUGUCCCACACCUUUCCCCAAACUCUACCCACAACCUUACCCCAAGCCCUGCCUCACAACCUUCCCCAAACUCUAACCCCACAACCUUCCCCCAAACUCUGCCCCACAACCAUCCCCCAAGCCCUGCCUCACAACCUUCCCCCAAGCUCUACCCCACAACCUUCCCCAAGCUCUGCCUCACAACCAUCCCCCAAGAUCUGCCUCACAACCUUCCCCACGCUCUGUCCCACAACCUUCCCCGAGAGCACUGCUCCACAACCUUCCUCCCAAGCUCUACUUCACAACCUUCUCUCAAGCUCUUCCUCACAACCUAAUUAUUUACGUAAGUGA